GUGUGAACGAGGGAAGGAGAGAGAGAAAGGAGAAGGAAAGUGGGAGAGAGCGAGGGAUGGGAGUUUGAGGUGAAUCCGUCGAUGGAGCGGCGAGCAGGAAUGCGUGCAGCUGUGUGUGUGCUGGGCGGUGACGUGAAGCGACUGACACACAUCUGGAACGGCUUCAGCAGCUGCACCUGAAGAGGAGGGAUCCCAAAUCCUCUGCUCUCUUUCUCUCUCCUGCUCUCUCCCUCAUGCUCCUUUUCUCUCUCUCGCUUUCUCUGUUCCUCUCUCUCUCCACAUCCCUCCCUCUCUCUCUCUCCGUGUGUUUCGCCCGUGCUCGCCAGAGCACUGGAACAGUUACAUACUGAGCAUCAGAAAAGCAGUGGAAGAGCAAAGAAGAGGAAACCCGAAAAAGAAAGAGAAGAGGAAAGGAGAAAAAAGAGAGGGAGAACUACUGCGGAGCAGUGGGGAGAAGGAAAAGAGGAGACGGGAAAAAAAACUGCCUUGGACUAAGAACUGUCUGUGUUUGACAGGGCGUCAAUGAGAGAGGGAGUAUGCAAGAUUCAAGGAAAGGAGAUGAGAGGGUGUGACAGAUCGGGCGAUAGAGAGGAAGACAGUGGGUUAUAGAGCUGGAAUGCGCUGACACUAAGGACCUGGCUUCUUCUCCGCAUUUGGCCCACCACCUCCUGCUGAUCCACAGGUUUGAACGCUCACUCACCCACACACACACACACACCCACGCACACAGCUCUGUUUGCUUUGGAGGAUGAGCCCACGAGGCCCUGCCAGGAGAAGAGUACACCUUCCAGGGACCUGUUGACUCUUCCCGCCCCUUCUCUCUCUCUCUCUCUCUCUCUCUCUCCCCCUCCUCCCCUUUCUGCCUUCCCAAAAGUGCCCUCUUCCCUCUGGCUGCUCAGCCCAGCCUACCUGCUCCAGUCAGGACUUGCAGAGCUGAGUGGGAGACUCACUAAGGAGCCCUGAGACCUGGAAUACUCUACCCUAUUACCUACCACGGACCUGGCACUGACAGAGACUGAGAGAGACCGAUAGACUGAGAGUCCCAGAGACCUUUCACUGACUUACACCAGGAUGUCUAAAGCUUCGCGGCUGGCUCGGCCCUCCUCGGUCGGGGCAGGAUCCAAGCUGCCAUCCUCCCGUAAGGAGGCUCCGGGAGGGGCCCGAGCCAGGGUGGUGAGUGUGGGGGAGAAGCUGAUGAGGGCUGGCAGCGAUGGGACCCUGACCAAGCAGAGGGCCCUGGCUGCAGCUGCAGCCGCUCCACCUGCACAGCAGCAGACAGACAAGCAGCAGAGCCAGAUGCAAUCUCAGUCCCAGUCCCAGAGCCAAAGCCAUCUAAGCCAGGCACAGACUGGGGACAUGGUGGCCCAACCCAAGAGUAGAAUCAGCCCGCCUAAAGCCUCGGCCCUCCCACAGGGCUCUAUGCACAAGCAAACCAAAAGCAACCUAAAGGUGACCUCCCCUGAGGACUCUGAGCAACUGAGCAGCAGGCAGGGUCCCCCGAAUGGGACCCCCACCCGGGCCCAGGACCCCAAAGGCAACGGCAGCCGCACCGUCCCCCGCAGACACACGUUAGGGGGGGCGCGCAGCUCACAGGAGAUCCUGGCCAUGCAGCCCUCAGACAUGGACAAGAAGAGGGAAGCCUUCCUGGAGCACCUGAAGCAGAAGUACCCUCACCAUGCCUCGGCCAUCAUGGGCCACCAGGAGAGGCUCAGGGAACAGGUUAGUGACGAACAGUCAUUACAGGGCAUGUUGUCUUCUCUCCAUUCUGAGCUUGACAUUCAGAGGUACUUGCUGAAAAUCCAAUUGCCCCACACAAGCAGAAGCCCUGCGCACGGCCCCAGCAGCUCCAUUGUAGGGGAGCAGCCUGAGCACCUCUCCCUGGAGUCUCUGGACACCAUGUCAGAGGCUGAUGCCCCCUCCGCCUUCACCAGAGGCAGCCGCUCCCGCGCCAGCCUGCCCGUAGUGCGCUCCACUAACCAGACCAGGGACCGCUCGCUAGGCGUGCUGUACCUGCAGUACGGAGACGAGACUAAGCAGAUCCGGAUGCCCAAUGAGAUCACCAGUGGCGACACCAUCAGGGCUCUGUUUGUGAGUGCCUUCCCCCAGCAGCUCACCAUGAAGAUGCUGGAGUCUCCCAGUGUGGCUGUCUAUGUCAAAGACGACAUGAGGAACAUGUACUACGAGCUCACCGACGUCAGGAAUAUCACGGAUCACUCCUGCCUGAAGGUGUACCACAAGGACCCAGCACAGGCCUUCAGUCACGGCCCCAGACCCACCAACGUUGACACCAGGAUGCACAGAGAGAUGAUGUAUGCCAGCAGAGAUGGGCAGCACCCCCCCAGACACCCCCCUAUGGGCCACCCUCCACACCACCCCAUGCAGGGCUCCCUGUCCCCAACCACGGCCCACUCCGUGCCCCCCUCGCCCUCCCGGAUCCCCUUCGGCCCGCGUCCGGGGUCCAUGCCCUGCAGUGCCACUAUGCCCCGGGAGCGCAUAUCUAACCCCACACCUCCCGUGCGCUCCGUGUCGCCCUGCCCCAGCGCCAUCCUGGAGAGGCGGGACGUCAAGCCUGAUGAGGACAUGGGCAGUAAGAGUCACAGCCUGGUGAGAGGGGGAGAGGGGCUUUACACUGACCCGUACCUUCUCCACGAGGGGAGGAUGGGCCACGGCCCUGCCCAUGGAGGGCACCCUCCUCCUGGGGACAUGGUGGACCACGGCAGCCUGGCUGGCUACCACCGCGCCUCCAUCCGCUCCACAGGCUCCUACAGCGGGCCCAGCCCCACCGAGGCCAUGGAGCAACCCUCACUCUACCGCCAGAAGUCCAGGAAGUACGGAGACAGCCAGCUGCCCACGCUGGGCUCCAAGACCCCGCCCCCCUCCCCCCACAGGAUGGCAGAAGUGAGGAUGAUUGACAUCCAUGGGGCCAUGCCUCCUCAUGGCGGCAUUCCCCUGGAGCGCUCCUCGCCUGUUCGCCAGGCCUUCAGGAAGGAGGAAGUGGUCAAAAGCAGGAGUAACAUGGCAUCUCCAGUUGUGCCGGACCUCCAGGGUCACGGCCCUAUACCUCCAGCCAACGACCCACAGACACGAAAGCGAAUGAAGGCUAUGGAGCAACAGAUUGCCAGCUUGACUGGUCUUGUUCAGCAUGCACUUUUAAAGUCCCCAAACACUAGUGGCACCAACGAGGCUCUCAGUGAACGACCCACGAAGACAUCAAGGCAAGCGUCUCCGGUUCAUAGUGCAGGAGGUUCCCCUGUCCUGGCACCCAAAAGUGCCACGCCCCCCUCUGAGAGUGGCUCCACCCCCAUGCUCCCAGGCUCCACCCCCUUCCAGAACAACCUGCUCCAGUGCAAGAAGAACGUCUCGGACCUUCGGCUGCAGCUCCAUCAGAUGAGACAGCUGCAGCUCCAGAACCAGGAGGCUCUGCGUGUGCAGCUGAAGCGGGCUGAGCAGGAGAUCAGUUUGAAACUGGCGGAGGCCAUGAGACGUCUGGAGGACCCGGUCCAAAGACAGAGAGUCCUGGUGGAGGAGGACAGACACAAGUACCUGGGCUUGGAGGAGAGGGUGUUCAACCAACUAGGGGAGCUGGAGCUGUAUGUGGACACUCUGAAGAGGGAGACCGGCUCAGCGGGGGCUCACAGAGCUGUGACACUGAAACAUGUGGAGGAGGGGGCCGUUAGCCUCAGGAGAGUGGGAGAAUCUCUGGCAGGACUCAAAGGGGAGUUUCCGGCACUGCAGACCAGGAUGCGUGCAGUGCUGAGGGUGGAGGUGGAGGCUGUGAAGUUCCUCAAGGAGGAGCCCCACAAACUGGACAGCAUGCUGAAGCGAGUCAAGAGCCUCACGGAGUCACUCAGUAGCCUGAGGAGAUGUGCUACAGAGGGUCUGCUGAAGGGAUCUGACCCUGCUAUGUGUGCCUCAGUGAAACUAACCCCAGCAGAGAGCAGCCCAGUCACCACCACAGUGGACUCCGACCCCCCAGUGGAGCCUCCAGCUUCCCCCUCGGCCCUGCCCGAGCCCCAGAGCUCCUCCAUCAGGUCUGAGGUGGUCAUGCCCUCCUCCCCCAUGGUCAUCCACCACGUCCAGAGUGCUCCGGUCCACAUGCAGCAGUCCCAGCAGUCUGCAGCCCUGCUGGUCCAGCCCAGCCCACCUACGACCCCCACCCACAGCCAGGGCUGGGACUCCUCCAGCUCAGCCAAGGGUUCCACUGGCACCACCUCGGCCUCAAACUCCAACCCCUCCAGCCAGGGGGGAAGCCCUGCCCAGCAGAAGAAAACCCCUGCUGCCCACCUAGAGCUGGCGACCCAGGCUCCGGUCAAUAACGGCAGCAGCGGGACAGGGAACCUCUUAAUCGAGGAGAUUCACACCAAGAGCAAAAACAGGGCCAUGUCUAUAGAGGUGGCAGAGAAGGAGUGGGAGGAACGGAGGCAGAACAUGGGCCACUACAAUGGGAGGGAGUUUGAGAGGAUCCUAAAUGAGGCCCAGGCCAACAUGAUGAAGGGCAUUCCCAGUCUGGAUGUGCCGAGUGAGGGGGAUGCCUCUACAGCACCCUCUGCUGCCCUGGAGGAGCCAACCCCAGAAGGCACUCAGCCUGAGCUCAGCUCAGAGAAACCAGCCAUAGCCAAGCCUGCUGGUCCUGAGAAACUCCCCAAGUCGGUGCUAGAGAAGCCCACCACCACCAAGCCUACCGCUGCUGCAGACAAAGUGGGCAAAGUCAGCUUGGAGAAGGCCAUCAAGUCCCCUCCCCCUCCACCACCCAGAAAGACCUUCCCCACCUCCAGCUCUGGAAUGACCACCACACGGUCUGGCGAGGUGGUUUACACCAGCAGGAAGGAGUCUGCCUCGGGACAGGAGGGAGAUGAGGCUGAGGUCCCACCACAAGCCCCAGCUAGCCAGUCCAAACCCACCAAGGUCCCGCCAGAGACCAAGCCCUCCACCCCUCCCCCCAUUGCUGCCUCAGCCAACCACGAGGAGGAGGAGGACGAGGGAGACAAAAUCAUGGCAGAGCUCCAGGUGUUCCAGAAGUGCAUAGUUAAGGAUGUAGGGGUGAAAAGUAGUGUGCUAGAGACACACCCUACUCGAGUUGAGCCCCAGAUCAGAGAGCUAAGACCUGGGGCCUUAUUGCCCCUCAAAGAGAAAAAGAGCUCGGAGAAAACCCGGGAGGAUAAACAUCCCAACGCGGAUGAAAACGGGAACACCACCCCUCUUCGUCAAAGUCCAGGGGUCAUAUACUACGUCACUGGGCAGAUCUCCAAAGAGCAGCUGCCACCACCGGCCGCAAUGGAGGAGGCUCCGGAACACAGAGACAACCCAACACUGUCCCCCUCACAGGUGUCAAAUGUGAAUGCUAAUGACAAUUCCCCAAGCCAGCAGCCACAACCGAAACCCCAGCAGUUAGGGCCACCUGUAUCUCCCAAGCCUCUGUUCUUGAAUGGCCCCAGCCCUCUGUCUCAGAAACAGGUGGUGACCUCAGAGUCAUUGAAGACCAGCCCAGGAGUGGUGAAAGGGGUUCUGGAAAACCCAGCGACCACCACUGUGGAUAAGCUUCAGAUAAACACAGUCAAGAGGAUAGAGACCUCAGUCGUCCAGGAGUCCAGCAUUCCCCUUAGUAAGAGUGUUGUGUUGCCUGCUGCAUUGCCUGAAGUCCUUCCGACAACCGCCAUAAGAGAGGCUCCUAAGGCAGUGGUGUCUCCCCCAGAGAAGGCUCUUAGUGAGGCCACUGAUCAGCCCAGACCCUGGUAUGAGGAGGUGGAUGAGGAGGCCAGCCUGAGCCCUGACCUCCCUGGUGAGGAAGCCCCUCCGCCCCCAGACAAUAUUGCCUUCAUGAUCACCAACAGCAAGGUCCAGGCCCUGUCCUGUGGGGAGUACCAGGAGCUGGUCAACGCCAAACGGGGCAUCCAGACCGUGACUGUGUGUGGGGGACCUGGGAAACGGGAGAUGACCAACACCACCCCGGGUGGCGGGGGCGGCUCGGCGGGGUCACAGGACAAUGGCUUCAACAACAAGAAGCCGGUCAUCAUCAUCUUCGACCAGCCCAUGGACAUCCGCUCGGCAUACAAGCGCCUGUCCACGGUGUUUGAGUGCGAGGAGGAGCUGGAGAGCAUGCUGGCCGCGGAGCGCAUUGAGGAGGAGGACGAGGAGACGGAGGAGACAGAGAAGAGCAGUGGUGGACUGCAGGUAAAGGUCAAGGCCCCCAGCGGUGCUCUUAGCUCUUCCAGUAGUAGCUUGUCGCGCUCUUCCUCCUCGACUUCGGAGCUCGCCGAGUUGUCCGGUGAUGGCAAGCCGGAUGGGAAGAAGAAGUUUACGUUCAAGUUUCCCAAGAAGCAGCUGGCCGCUCUGUCGCAGGCCAUCCGCACUGGCACCAAGACGGGCAAGAAGACGCUGCAGGUGGUGGUGUACGAGGACGAGGAGGAGUCGGACGGCACAGUCCGACAGCACAAGGAGGCCAAGAGAUUUGAGAUCCAAAGUCGCUCCAAACCAUCUGCUGCCCCAGCAAACAAGACGCCCAAGGCCCCAGCUGCAGCCGUUGUAAGGAGGGAGCACUCGGAUUCCAAAGGCAGGACGGACAAGAUCCGGAAGAGCACCUACAAGACCCUGGACAGCCUGGAGCAGACCAUCAAACAGCUAGAGACGACCAUCAGUGAGAUGGGCCCCGCAACGCACCACCAGGAGAAACCAGUGAGGAGUGCAGCCAGCGUGGAGCCCCAAGCUGGGUGUGCCUUGAGUGGGGAGAAUGGAGGCCUGAAGAGGUCCUUAUCACUCCCUUCCAAGAGUUCACUCCUCAAGGUCCCCAAGCCCAGCAAGGCCUCCUCUCAGAGGAAGAAGACCAAACCUCAGCUCCUCCCCCGGCCAGCCGUCAUCCCCACCGCCACUGUCACCCCCGUCACCAGCCAACAGAACGCAACCAGUGUCGCUUCCCCAACUAGUCGGAUGCCAGUGCCCCUGUCUGCGAAGUCCAGGCAGUCACCAGGGACUACUACUGACAAAGCAGGAAAACAGCAAAAGCUACAGGACAGCACUCAGAGGCAGUUUCGACAGGCUAACGGAAGCGCUAAAAGAGCGGGGGGGGAUCAUAAAACUACUUCCCCUACUGUACCUGCCUCUAAAAUCCCAGCUUUUUAUCCUAGCUCUGGUAAAGGCAGCACCUCCCAGUCUGCUCCAAACUCAGAUGCUACUAACCCUAUUAACCUUUCCUCCUCCUCCAACUCCUCCUCUUCCUCCCCCCACACCACCAAGUCCUCCAUCCCAUCCCCUCAUGCCCCCCGCCACCCUGGCUCGGCCCUCUCCACUUUCUCCCACAUCCCCUCCCUCUCUAACGGUUCCUCCCUCAAACUCCCCACACCCUCUCACACAGGUAAAGCUCUCUCGUUCUCCUCGCAGACUCAAAACGGUCGAGCACCCUCCUCCUCCUCCUCCCCCUCCCCUCUGUCGCCCACCCCGUUGGGCCCGGGUGUGAAGAGCAUCCGCACCAUACACACCCCCAGCUUCACCAGCUACAGGCCCCAGAACGGCAGCAGCGGCAAAUCCUGCAUCCCAACCGCCACAGCAGCCAAGGACUCCACUUAGCUCCCGUACAGUAGCCCCGUUUGGGUUACUUCUCUCAAUCUCAUUAUUCAUGUUUUUGUUGUUGUUUAUUGGUUUGUAUUUUAUUAUUGUAAAAAGCGUAAUGGAUGCACUUCCCCCCACCAUUCAUAUUUCAAUUUGAUUUGACACACGCAUACUCACACCGAUGCUUUGACUUCGUUUUAAGUUGCAUUUUCCAUUGGCUAAACUUGAACCCUGAUUUUAAAAAGGCGUAUUAGAGUACCGAGUAAAUAGUUUUAAAAAGAAAAACAAAGAAGUGAUAUAGUUUUACUGCUUCGUAGGUUAUGUGGAAGCUCUCGCUUUCUCAAUUCGCUACUAAAAACGGUAUUGAAAAUAUAUUUUUCUUACAGUAUCUAAGAAUGGAAAAAAUAUGAAGUUGAUGUACAAUCACUAUGACCAUGUGAAAUAUUAUAUAUGUUUUAUUUUUGAAAACCAGAGACUGGAUAACCAUAGUAUAUUUUGCUCUUACAUUAUUUCUUAUGUUGCCCAACAUUGAGCAUAGCCCUAGUAAAUGCCUUUUAUGAGUGCAUACUGUACCGUAUGUAUAAAGACGUUUACAGUGAACUGCAUUGACUUCUAUUUUGUUAAGAAUAUCAUGCACUGCCAAUUUAUUUUUAGGAGAUAAAAAAAAAAAAUGAUUUUAAGGAGGUUUAUGAGAUUUUUUUUCUUUCUGUAGUUAUUGUGCCUAUUUGCCAAAGUUAUGACAUUUCCUGACUGUAUUACUGUAACCAUGACAUACCAAGUGAGAACUCUACGACACACUCGAGGUGUGAUGGCUCAAGUCUUUACCUUCGACAGCUUUACUGGAGGUCUCUUAAGUUCAUGUUUAUUGGUGUCUAAAUGUAUACAGUACUAAAACACAAAAGUCAUUGAUGAACUGUUCUACCACGUGUACAUAAAUACUUCUAAUAAGAACUUUAGUAGUUUUGUUAACAUACCAAAGUUUAUUUGUAUGCAUGCCUUUAAGAUGCUUUAGGAGAGGGGAAAGAAGAAUUAUGUUUGCACAGAUAGAUUUUGUAAAUAUUUUGGUUUUCUCUCAUUUUUGUAAAGCUUUAAACCAUACUACAUAAAAAGCAAUGUGGUAAACAAAGGAAUAAUUGUGUUGUAAUAAAAACAAUAAAGGUCUGCAUGCUUGUAAUGCA